ACUUACUACCCUUUUUAAGAUUGUCCAAAAUAACAUAUAACCGUCAUGUUCGUAUGUGUAUGUAUAAAAGUCAAAAAUCGAUCUAUUUUGGUGAAAUUACGUUGAUGAAGAAGAAGUUUUCGGCCGACCAUGACGGACUUGUUAUACUUAAUUAAAUAGUGUUGUACGCAGACGACUAAGCUGAACAGUCGGAAAUUUUACUGUGUUAAUUUUACGACAAAGACUUGUGUUAAUAGUGAUUUGAAUUCUGGUUUUCAGAAUAUUAACUUUUUUACUGUUGUUAUUUGGUGUGUUUUAGUAUUGUUGUUGUUGUCUUUGUUGUUGUUGUAAUUAAGGAGUGUUCACUCAAAAAUGGCUGACGUAAAUAUGGAUACAAGUGAAGGAAUAAAUGAGGGUAAUGAAGCUGAUGAAGUUGAAAGGGAUCAGAAGGCGGUGUUAUACAGUGUUGAAGAUACACCACCCUGGUAUCUGUGCUUGCUACUUGGUUUUCAGCAUUAUUUAACGGCUGUUGGAGCUAUUAUUUCCGUUCCUAUACUGCUCAGCGGAUUCUUCUGCAUGGACAAAGAUACCGUCGGAAUCAGUGAAUUAAUUGGAACUAUUUUCUUUGUAUCCGGUAUUGCUACGCUGCUCCAGACGACAUUUGGAGUCAGAUUGCCUAUUGUUCAAGGAGGGACGUUCACAUUUGUGACACCAACAAUAGCAAUCCUGCUUCAACCACAAUGGGAAUGCCCGUACACUAAAGCUAGAGAACAAAAUGGCACAGACGUGAAUUUUACAGCUCUCGGCUUAGAUGAAAUAGGCAGUGACGGUCAUAGGGAGAUUUGGAUGAAACGAAUUAGAGAGAUUCAGGGAGCUAUCAUGGUGGCCUCAAUAUUUCAGGUCGUGAUUGGUUUCAGUGGCAUCAUGGGACUCCUACUCCGGUUUAUCGGUCCGCUGGCAAUUACACCUACCAUUGCGCUAAUAGGAAUAUCUCUGUUUUCAGCCGGAUCUUCGUUCGCCUCUCAACAAUGGUGGAUUGCUUUAACCACGAUGUUUUUGAUAACAGUUUUCAGUCAGUACAUGAGAAACGUAAACGUGCCGUGUUUCAGCAUUACAAAAGAGAAAGGUUGUUCGAAAACUAAACUCCCCAUCUUUAGUUUAUUUCCGGUUUUACUAGCUAUGAUUAUAUCGUGGGUUAUAUGUGCUAUCCUCACGGCUACAGACGUCUUACCGAACGACCCAAAUAAGUGGGGCUACAGUGCCCGUACCGAUAUACAAAUUGAUGUUUUACAGAAAUCAAAAUGGUUCCGGUUUCCGUAUCCAGGGCAGUGGGGUCUUCCUACUGUGAGCACAGCCAGCGUAUUUGGAAUGCUUGCAGGAGUUCUUGCCUCCAUGGUUGAAUCUGUGGGCGACUAUUACGCAUGUGCGAGAUUGUCUGGAGCCCCGCCUCCUCCGACCCAUGCUAUAAAUAGAGGCAUAGGAAUUGAGGGAAUUGGAUGCAUUUUGGCUGGAGCAUGGGGUUCCGGAAAUGGAACAACUUCUUACAGUGAGAAUAUCGGGGCGAUAGGAAUUACUAAGGUUGGCAGUGUUCGGGUGGUCCAGGUAGGAGGUAUUGUCAUGGUGGUUUUAGGCUGCCUGGGCAAGUUCGGAGCUCUAUUUGCUACCAUACCAGGUCCUGUGAUUGGAGGAAUGUUCAUGAUCACAUUUGGUAUGGUAACGGCGGUUGGCUUAUCAAACUUACAAUACGUCGAUUUAAAUUCUUCAAGAAAUAUCUUCAUCCUAGGUGUGUCUAUAUUUUUCGGGUUUAGCAUGCCGGAAUGGAUGGGUAGAAACCAAGAUGCUGUCGACACUGGGAAUGACAUAGUUGAUCAAAUAUUAACUGUAUUGCUAAGCACGAGUAUGUUUGUGGGCGGCACAAUAGGAUUAGUUUUGGAUAACACGAUUCCAGGAACGGACGAAGAAAGGGGUAUAAGGAAGUGGCGAAAAUUGACACAGGAUAGUGACGGCCCAACUGGUGGUUCUAGAAUGCAUAUAUACGACAUUCCUCUCAUACAAAACUGCCUUAAUAAAGUGACUUUAUUUAGGUAUAUUCCUUUCUGUCCGUCGUUUCUAAAAAAAGCGACGCAUGCACAGAGCAAAUAUGAGAAAGGAGGAGUUCCGGUUGCGAUGUAUGGGGUAGAAAAUCCGGCAGUUGAUGUUACGGAAGAGUAUAAUACAAAAAUAUGAGUGCUGGUGAAAAUUAAAAUGGCUACACAGAACGUGAUACGGUGUUAAAAAAGACAAAUAAUUUCUGCUUCAAAAGCUAUACAUGUAUAAGAAAAUAUUGUGUGAUAUUUUUCAUGUGUCAUAGUAUGAUAUCUUUGAAACGUUUUCUAAAGUUUAUACAUACUCUAACCGACAUGUACACUUUUUCACUGCAAUGCUUCCCCGCCUAAAAAAAUUCUAACAUCGGCCAAUAUCGUAAAAAAUCGGUCAUUUCCGGAAUGUUAAUUUUUCAAAAUCUUCGGUUACCGUUUGUAAUCGGAAUUUAGAUCAUAGCGAUAACGUUUGAGUGAUUGUUAAUAAGCCAAUGCCCAAGAUUUUGAAAAAAUAUAACGUUCCGGAAAUAACCGAUUUGCUACGAUAUUGGCCGAUGUUAGAUUUUUUUGGCAGUAAAGCAUUAUUCAAAAUAAUUCAUAACACAUUGACAGCUGGAAUUCUUAAUAACACGAUGCCUAUACCACGUGACAUUCUGGGAUCAAACAGUACAAUAGACGCGGUGCAGAAAAAAAUCACGUGAUAUAUGCACUGAUUGUGAAUUCAAUUCAUUUCAUCUUCUGGAAAGCCUACACAUUUUGUAAAUAGACAUAACAUAAGGUGUUUUUUAAUAUUUUUUUUUUCAUUUUUUAGCUAAAUAUUUAAAUAUUAAUUAUUUUUUAAUAAAGGGAUUUAUUAAUCUGCAUUGAUAUUUGUCUAAGUAUUCAUGUUUAUUAUAUACAUUGUACUUAUAAAUGAAAUAUUGAGAAAUAUUGAUGAAAUAGAUUGCGUAUUUUCAUUUUCCGUAUAAUUUCACUUUAAAAAUAUAUAUUUUUCACUGCAAUGAAACAUAUUUGGUGUCUUGCCGGACUACUUUCUACUACGUUCAGCAAAUAUAUCAAAUUUAAGCGGAAGUCUUUCAAAUUGUAUUUUGUGGUAUGAAAAUUAAUAUAUUUCACUCGUGGCCACUGCCAGUCAUUAAAUAUAUUUUUUUUCACACCACUCGAUGAAAAUAAAUCCUAUAUUUAUGAUACAUUUAUCACAUUCCAUAAUAGUUCUAGAUAAACAUUGAUAGAUGUUCUUCAUAGUGACCAGUGUCUGUAUCGUUCCCCUCAGUAGAUCAUUUGCCUCUUUACAACAACUGGACUAUUUUUUUCAAAAAUUGAAAACUUAGUAAUGAAUUUAACCACUCAAGACAAAGUUAACCACCCAAAGAUUUGAGCCGCGUCACGACAAAACCAACAUAAUGGGUUUGCGACCAGCAUGGAUCCAGACCAGCUUGCGCAUCCGCUCAGUUUGAUCAGGAUCCAUGCUGUUCGCUAUCAGUUUCUCUACUUGUAAUAGGGUUUGUAAGCGAACAUCAUGGAUCCUGAUCAGACUGCGCGGAUGCACAGGCUGGUCUGGAUCCAUGCUGGUCGCAAAGUCAUUAUGUUGGUUUUGUCGUGACGCGGCUAAUUUGUUAACCAACGGGUGUUGCUUUGCAGAAGUUGUAUCUUACACCCUUUCAUAGCUGGUAAAGAUCCUAUAUGUUGUAAUCAAAGUGGUAAACCACAUUAAGUGAAAUUAUAUAUAAGUACAUAAUUAUGCAAAUAAAACAACUUUCAAACAUCGAAGAAUAUGUAAAAUAUGUACUGCAAAUAUUUUUGCAUAUUAUAUGUAAUCAUUAAAAUAUAUGCAUUCAUA